GGUGCCAUCCUCGAUAGACUAUUAGUCAAGAUGCCAGACAACGCAACUGAUACCCAAACAUUCUCCGCUGAUCUGUACUUUGCGACGCAACCGAAGCCGGCUUCUCUUCAAGAUGAUAAGCUUAUGAAUGAUGUCCGGAGCUUUAUCGCGAAGCACAAGAACAAGAGAGUGGUGCUUGUGACGAGUGGAGGCACUACCGUGCCACUCGAGCUCAACGUCGUUCGGUUUCUGGACAAUUUCAGUGCAGGCACUAGAGGUGCAACGUCUGCCGAAUACUUUCUCAAGCAGGGAUAUGCUGUGAUUUUUAUGCACCGACAGUUUAGCCUCCAGCCAUUUAGCCGGAAUUAUUCCCAUUCUACGCACCCCUUCCUCGAUUUCCUUGAAAUAGAAGAGAACUCAAAAGAGAACAAAGGAAACGAUCAAAGACAGCCGCAGAUCGCGGUAAAACCGUCGGAACGUGCGGCACUCCUCUCUGUGUUGCGCGCGUACAAGGCGGUGCAGGCGGAAGGGACGUUAUUGACCCUCACUUUCGUGACCGUAGACGAUUACCUUUUUCUCUUACGGGAAGUGAGCCGAGCCAUGGGUACGUUGGGGCCGAGGGCGAUGUUUUACCUCGCUGCUGCCGUCAGUGACUUCUUUUUACCCCGUCAGCGAAUGUCUGAGCAUAAGAUUCAGUCCGGAAAAGGCAGCCUCUCUAUUGAGAUGGAUCAAGUGCCGAAAAUCCUCAAGCCCAUGGUCGCGGAUUGGGCUGUUGGUGGUUUCACGGUGUCCUUCAAGCUCGAGACCGAUCAAACUUUGAUUAUACCCAAAGCUCGCAAGGCACUCCAGCGAUAUGGACAUCAGAUUGUUAUUGGGAAUGACUUGCAUCAUCGGAAGUACCGUGUCGUUCUUGUCUCCCCAAGAAGGUCUUCAUUGCUGAACGCGCACGCCAAUCCGGAUGGCGACUUGUCAUCCGAGUAUGAGGAAUCGUGGAUCGAGAUCGACUCGUCGCCAUCUGCGCUGCACAAGGAGAUCGAGGAAGAUAUUGUAAAGGAGCUCGUGAGGCGCCAUGAUGAAUGGAUUUCUCGACACGAAUCUCAACUGUGAAGAUAUAUGUACUUACAUAGAGCUGUAUUACCUGGAUCAUUAACAUUGCCAUUUUAUCAGAU